AUGAUGACCCUGGCGAAGCCGCUUGCAGGUGGCUUGCCUAUCGGCGCCGUGCUGCUCACGGAGGAAGUGGCGGCCUGCAUCAAUCCAGGCGAUCAUGGAAGCACCUUCGCAGGCGCUCCGCUCGUCUGCUCGGCAGCCCGCUAUGUGGUGGGCCGUGUGGCCCAGGAGAGCUUUCUGAAGAAUGUUGAGGAGACAGGCGCCCGACUCAAAGCCGGCCUUGAGAAGCUGGCCGAACCGCAUGGCCUUGCUGUUCGCGGCACCGGGCUUCUUCUGGGCAUCGUGUGCCGCGGAUGGUUUACAGAACAGGGACCGAAGUGGAGGCAUGUUGCGAUUUCGGAAAGCGGAAGCUAG